AUGGAGCCAAUCUCAUUGAGUUUGCUCGCUGUGAGUGCGCCGACGGCGGGGACCUGGUCCUGGUUUUCCUGGCUGUCAUGGCAGGGCUGGCUGUCACUUGCAACCGCAGCGGGAGCUCUCGGCGCAGGGGGCUUGGCUGCUUGUGGCAAAAGCCAUGAGGAGGUCGAAACUGUGAAGCUGCAUGUGCCCGGAGCGGGUGCUCCGCAUGCUGUCCCCGGAGCUGGAGCCGUGCAAGCUGCGCUGGACUUCCUUCACGGGCACAGGCGAGAUGUAGAAACAGCUCUGUUGCCAGCCCACUGGAAACUCGACCGGAAGCUGGGCCAAGGCGCAAGUGGCUGCGUGUACGCUGUUUGCUUCGGUGCAAGGCAAUACGCGGUCAAACGGAUUGAACCGCCGAGUGAUAAAGUUGAUGCUUUGACUGAGUACAUCGGCACUCGGUGGCACAGCCGUGAUUUCUUGCACCAGAUCCGGGCUAUUUGCGAGGUUAUUGGCACGCCGCUCGAUGAUGAGCUGGCAUGGCUUGGGGCCCACUUUGAGAAUGCCAAAAAGUUUGUCGAGCAGCACUGUUGCUCGCUCCGGCGGCAGGACUGGGCGAUCAUGUUUCCGAUUGCAUCUAGCGAGCAGCUUGAGUUGUUAAACAAGCUCUUGGCGUUUGAUCCCACCAGACGACUUGUUGCGCAUGACGCCCUGCAGCACGCUUGCCUCAAAGAUGUGUACGAUGCGGAAGAUGACUCGUUCAGCGUAAAGCAUUGGAGCUGGGAUGAUGGCGGGGGCGAUGUGCCCUCGCUGUGGAAGAAGAUUGACGCAGUGCCCCUCUACGGCGGUGCCUUGACAUGCGAGCUGCCAAGGACCCUCACCGACGCCAGCGCCUUCCGAGAGGUGCCAGACCACCAAGAGGUCUGGGUCGACACCAGCUCGGACAGGAGUGUAGUCAUUGAAAUCCUGGAGGCGAAGGACCCGAAUGGGGCUGCCUUGAGCCUUGCUGGGGAUGAUGAUGAGAACGGGGAGAAGAAGGAGGGUUCCUUUCUGAUAAGAAAGCACUGCUAA